AUGAGUAGUUCUGGUCUCCACCCGAUUGGGAGCAGGACCAAAACGACGAGCCCCAGCUGUGUCCCAACGCGUCUUUUAGGCGGCUUCCCGUCCUUGAGCGGAUCGAUGAGUGGAGCUAGAGACAGCUUGCAUCUAAUUCCUCCUGCCUGCUCGCGUUGUUGUGCUCUCCGAGCUGUGUAUGCGGAGCUCGACUCUCGGCAAAACGCCCUUACCACGCUGAACACGGCUCUUUUCCCAUUUGAGGACAAAAACCAUCCAUCGAAGGGUGCUCUUCGUCUUUUCCAGCCGUUCACUUUUUUGCACGACUCUUUUGACGUUUUUUUCUGUUCUCUGAUCAUUUUUUUGUCCUGUUCGAGAUUCAAGAGAAAAUACACUAGUCAAAAAAAACUUUAUCAAGUAUUUUGUGCGCAUUUUAAUGAAGUUGCUGAACUCAAUUUAGAAGUUUUUUGUCAUGCUGUAAACAGUACUUCCAUUGUUUCUCAAUAAUUGUUUCAUAAUAUCUUGUUUUUUUUUUCAGAAAUAAGAUCAAUCUGAAAAAAAGCCAGGUCGAAAAUGGUUUUGACCCCGUUUCGCGUGUUUCAGAAAACAUAAAUCUUCAUUAUCUUUCAUUAUUCUGAUAUUCUUUUUUUCACUGGUUCGAAAUUAAUUUUCCGUGGAAUUCUUAUUUUUUUCUCCUCACUUGAAAAAUAUUGCGAAACCAAAAAAAUUCUUAUUUUUUUGAUAGUUCUUAUUCAGUUUUAAUGAAGCGCUUCUAUUUUUUUAUCGCCUUUUCAUCGAUGUUUCAAAAAAAAACAUGAAUAAAUUUUUAUCGUUUAAAUGCGAAAAGGAACCGAGAUUUUUUUCCUUAAUGAAAAAGAAGAGAUUUUCAGCAAAAAUUUCGGCGGGACUGACAGUGGCGCGAGGCGAAUUGGCGAUGAACGACGCCAAUUCGCGUCAGGACGGCGUCGUCAGCGCCUCCUACGACGAAGAAUACGAUGAGAACUCGUCGGCCCGCCUCUUCGAACGCAGCCGCAUCAAGGCCCUCGCAGGUUUUCUUUUUUUCCUAUUUUUCUAUUUUCAAGUUCAAAAAAUGAACUUUUAUUUUUAUAUAAUUCAUGCGAUUUUUUGGCCGAUUGCUUUUUUUCUUCAGAUGUUUAAUUUCUUUUUACUUUAAACUUUUUGUACUUGAUUGCCUCACACAUAUUCAUUUCGAUAUACUUUUCCCAUCCUCUUGAUUUUCCAAAUACACCAAAAAAUUCAAAUUAAACCACUUCAGAAACGGUUUGAUUUUUAUAGUUUGGUAAGGAUGUUUUCUGCAGAAUCCGAGACGUUUUCGCCGGCUGUGCUAAUACGUGUAUGA